UAUACUAGGUAGAAAUUUCUCGAACGAACACGUUUUUUGCGAUCGAAUAAUCUACAGAAGUGAAUAAGUUCGAAGGUUCUCGCUACCUCUAUUCAGUUCCAGUUGCUAUUAAACGUCAUACGAUGUUUGUGAACUAAAGUCGUUCUCUGACUCGCGUGCGUAAAUUGCAAAAUCAAGUGUUGCUUUUAUAUACCGUACUUUGUAUUGUAGUUUCGUUAAAUCAAAUUCCGAAAAGGCAUUAAAAUGGUGAAAGAAACAACAUACUAUGACAUUCUUGGGGUGAAACCCAGUUGCACAUCUGAUGAAUUAAAAAAGGCAUAUAGAAAACUAGCUCUUAAAUACCACCCUGACAAGAACCCAAAUGAGGGUGAGCGGUUCAAGCAAAUUUCACAAGCUUAUGAAGUUCUUUCAAAUCCUGAUAAAAGAAAAAUUUAUGAUCAAGGUGGUGAACAAGCUUUGAAAGAAGGUGGAGGAAGUGGUUACUCCUCACCUAUGGACUUGUUUGACAUGUUCUUCGGUGGAGGCUUCAGUGGUGGACGACGACGUGAACGAGAGAGGAAGGGCAAAGAUGUUAUUCACCAGUUAUCGGUAACCCUCGAAGAGCUAUACAAAGGAGCCGUUCGUAAACUUGCUUUACAGAAGAGUGUUAUUUGUGAUAAAUGUGAAGGCAGAGGUGGAAAAAAGGGAGCAGUACAAGUUUGUCCUACGUGUGGAGGUACAGGUAUGCAAUUACAAAUACAACAACUUGGACCUGGUAUGAUCCAGCAGAUACAGACCAUGUGCACAGAUUGCAGAGGUCAAAGAGAAAAAAUUGACCCCAAAGAUCGCUGUAAAGUUUGCCAAGGACGCAAAACAGUUCGUGAUCGAAAGAUUCUUGAGGUCCAUGUUGAUAAGGGCAUGACUGAUGGUCAGAAGAUAGUAUUUAGUGGGGAAGGUGAUCAAGAGCCUGAGUUGGAAGCUGGCGAUCUUAUUAUUGUUUUAGAUGAGAAGGAGCAUGACGUGUUCAAAAGAUCUGGCAAUGAUUUAAUAGUUAGACUUAAUAUUGAGCUAGUUGAAUCUUUGUGUGGUUUCCAGAAAGUGAUUAGAACUUUAGAUGAUAGAGAUAUUGUCAUUACAGUAUUACCUGGAGAAGUGACAAAGCAUGGUGAAGUUAAAUGUGUUGUGAACGAAGGUAUGCCAAUGUACAAGAAUCCAUUUGACAAAGGACAACUUAUUAUACAAUUUUUAGUUAAUUUCCCUAAUAGCAUUCCGCAUGAAGUCAUUCCAGCAUUGGAGAACUGUCUCCCAGCUAGGCCAAGGGUGGAAAUUCCGGAGUUGGCGGAAGAGUGCAUGCUGAUGGACUUGGAUCCAGAGCAAGAGUCUCGACGGCGCCGCUCGAACCAGGCGCACGCGUACGAGGAGGACGACGAGCACCCCGGCGUCAACCGCGUGCAGUGCGCUACGGGCUAGUAGUCAUAUUGACAACGUACUCUGCAUAUUUUUGCAAAACUAUACUCCGAUAUAGCAUCAUUUAAUCCCUUUACUAAGUUUACUGUCUUCAUGAAUUGCAGUUAUAUGUCAGUAUACUUAUAAUAUUUAUAAACAUUAUAUAUUAUCACCGUAUUAUGAUUACAAAACACACAGUACCCAAUUUUUGAUUGCGAUUUUAGGUCGAUUUUAAUGUAUUGUGUGGUAAAGUUAGUUUAAAAAUGAUUAAAGCUAUUGUCACUGUGAUUUUCUUUAAUGUAGGGAUUGGUCAAAACUAGCAUAAUGUAGUGUGUAAUUGACAGGUUUUUGCCUAAUAAUAUUAUUAGAUUCAAUGUAGUCGAAUUAGAUUGAGCUAGCUUAUGUAAACCAAAUAGAACAGAUGUUUUCAAAUUGGCAACACAGUAAAAAUUAUGGGCCUGGUAAAGUUUUAACCAUAAAACUGCUUAAAUUUUAUAGUUAUAAAGACUACCUACAUAAAUAAACUCUUCUCGAAAACU